AAGCUGGGUCGAGUUGGUACCAUUUGGGGAUGAGUUGAAUAAACAGUCUGGGGCAAGCUGGGUCGAGUUGGUAACAUUUGAGGAUGAGUUGAAUAAACAGUCUGGGGCAAGCUGGGUCGAGUUGGUAACAUUUGGGGAUGAGUUGACUAAACAGUUUGGGGCAAGCUGGGUCGAGUUGGUAGGUGGUGACCAGCAUUCGUUGUUGAUUAUUUGGAUGUUUUCAUUCUUCUUCUUUUUUUUCUUUUUUCUUUUUUUUCUCUUCUUUUUUUCUGUCUUUUUUUGUCUUUGUCUUCUGCUGGUUGUUGUUUUUUAAAUUGACGUGCAAGUAGAUGAAUCAUUGAAUAAUAAUAAGUUGCAGUAGAAUAUGUUAUCUUUAUCGGCAAUGGAAAUCGAUUUGAUUUAAUGCAACCCAAAUCAUGAAUUUAUUUUGACCAAUGAUAACACAUUACGUGACAUUCUGCGGAUCUGUAAAUGUACUUCCCAUAUCCUUCCGGGUUUUGUCGGCUGCAUUAAGUUGAAGAUUGUUACGUUUAUUUUGUGAAAAAUUUUCCCUAAUUAAGCAAUGAAAGUCUGGGGAUUGUUUGUUUUUCACACUGCUAGUUUAUUAACGUUAGUUUUAGGGCAAUGCAAAUUCCCAUCGCAUAAAUUGCUCCCGGAGAAAUUGACUGCUUUAAACAAACUGAAGCCUCUUAUGGGGAAACGAUUUAGCGUCGUGGACACAUCUGGAUAUUCAUACAAUGUUGGGAUAUGUACGGAUGCAGAGGCCGAUGGGUCGGCGAAAGAUGUUGGAGUGUUGCAGAAAAAACUGAAAGAUGAAUCGUUUAGAGUAGUCGUCGGUAAAUACACACACUCUCAAAUCAUGGCUGGACCUAACUGGGUGCUGCUGGAGUACGGAGAUGGUAAACCAUAUGGUAACCAUUGCAACAGCGGUCCACGAAGAGCGGUCAUUAUGUUCACCUGUGAUGAAUCAGCAACCGAUUCGAAACCUGGCAUGUUGAUACUGGAGGAAAACACGAACAAGACGAAGGACUGUUACUACCUCUUCCAGCUGGAUCACAAGGAGAUAUGUGACAGAACCAGCUCCACUGUGCUCAGUCUGGGAUCCAUUUUUCUCAUCAUAUUUUUUUCCGUCGUGGCGGUUUACCUGGUGGUGGGUGCUCUAUAUAUGAGAUUUGCUCUUGGUGCUAAAGGUAUGGAACAGAUCCCCAACUAUUCAUUCUGGCAGGACUUUGGAAAUCUUCAAGCUGAUGGGUGUAAUUUCCUGUGCAGAUCGGGUGAUGGAAACAAAGGCCAGCGGAGAUACCAGGGCAUUGGUGAUGACCAGCUUGAAGAGCGGGACGACAGAGACGAUAACUUGUUACCGAUGUGAUGGAAGGACCACUGGUCAAUCACUGGGUCUGACUGAGUGUGUGCAUGCUUGUUCGUGUUCGGCUGUUGGAAGAAUGUGUGACAACAAAGUUAACAUUGCUGAUCAAGGGUCAGAAAUCGUCCUGCCCAUUGCCAGAUUAGGCAAUUACUCAUUUUUAUACAAAGUAGCUGUAACAUUUAGUAUUUGGUUUAAAUUAGCCCUGGGAGCCUUUUGUUUUGGGGGGGGGGGGGGGGGGGGGGGGGGGGCCUUGUUUGGGGUAUUUUUGCUACAGAGUGUGGGAUUGAAAUAAUACUAACAAAUUACUAAAUAAAUUAUGAGUUACAGUAAACUGACUCCUUUUUUCCCCCAGAGGAUGGUCCUACUGUGUUCACAUGUAGCAACACAAUGCAGUAUUAUUUUUGCUAUGAUAGAUUUACAUAAGCUUGUGUAACCCGGCUACAUGUAUAUGUAAGUUAAGCGUCUAUAAAGAUUAGAAUUACAGGCCCAUAGGAACGAUAUCUGGAAGGGGGGGGGGGGGGGGGGGGGGGGGGGGGGGGGAGGGUGCACAAUCUAGUGGGGUUUGGGGAGGAGUCGGGCACAAGCUAUAUUUUUAUCUUUAUUGAUAUAGAGUAGAAAAAGAGAAAAAAAAUUCAUCCUUAAAUGGUGGUGAGCACAGCCCCCGGAUUCUAAAAUAUUACGACGACUUAACUUAUCACUAUUGCUAAUAACUUGGAGACUUGAGUUGUCUUUCGGUUGAAAAAAAUCCAUUUCGCUAGACUAGUGCCUGAAUAUUUUGUUUCUUUUUAUUUAAUAAAAUAAAAUUAGAAUCCAGUUUCUCCAUGACAAUCCCUUAUCUAAUGAAAUUAUUUUGUCUAGUUGGCAAUUUUGGCGAGCUAACAAUAAUUGAGUAGUCCACUACUAAAUGAUCGAACAAUGCACAGCAAGCAAUUUUGUUUAGUCCCAAACUAGACAAAAUGGAGGUUACUAUAGCUUUUGUCUGUCUGUCCAUUUGUCUGUCACAUGUAUAGUCAGGGCAUUAGAUUGCAUUAUAGUCGAGACGAUUACAAACUGAAAAUAUUUCCCUCAAAACCACUGAAAUGUUAACUUUAAUUACUUUACGACCUUCCUGCACUCUGAAAAGACGAGAGUCCCCGUUAUGCCCAAAUUAUUGAGAUCUAACGCCCUGACAGUUUUGUAUACUUUUUUAUUUAUUUGAAAUGCCAUUCAAGUUUAACUUUUUGAUAGAGUUAUGGUCCUUGAGCUUUGGAGAUAAUAAUUUGUUGGGUCUGGUGGUUUCGUGGUUAAGCCAUCGGACAUAAGGCUGGUAAAUACAGGGUUGGCAGCCCGGUACCGGCUUCCACCCAGAGCGAGUUUUAACGAUUCAGUGGGUAGGUGUAAGACCACUACACCCUCAUUUCU